AUGCGCUGGUAUUUCGAUCGGUCGGCGGUCGCGAUUCUUUAUGGGACCCCUUCGGGCCUUUACCUCGAAAUCCCAAAGUUGGCUCCGGUUAAGAGAACUGCUUUAGAGAUGAAAGUCAUGGCUUCAGCCCCCAUCGUUGGUACAUUCCACUACGUCGACUCAAAAGUUCUGUACCAGUCUUUGCAUACCGCUCCCAAAUUCAUCGAUGGGGUAUAUUCUAUUGCGUUCUACGAGAGGGGUUCAUUGAAUUCGGUUGCUAGUUUCAAGUAUCCUGACCACCUUCAAGGUGGAAGUAUUACAACUCAAGUGAUCGUUCCGGGGUACUGGAAGAAAUACAAUGCACCACAUGACAGGACUGAUAGGACACAGCCGCCUAUCGUGACGUUAUGGGAAAGCCAACGCCUGGGCGUAAAUGGUACUGCUCUCGACGCUCAACGCCCCGCAAAAAACAUGACCAGAACGCUCUAUCUGUCCAAUAAAGUGAAGGCCACGCUCAGUUUGGCUGGCUCGGAGAAUAUAAUGACGAUCAUCGUCCCAGAGAUUCGACGCCGAUUCGCCGGAAAAAAGGCUUUUACUUCGCCUUGGGUCGAGUCUUCAAUUGAGCCUAUACAUGGGACUUUUAAGUAUUUGCAUACAGCUCAGCUCACCGGCGAGUCUGACGCAACGGUUGAAACCAACGACAAUCAAAUAUCCAUAGAAUUCAAGCUCGUGGAUGGUGGCCCGGGCCUCGAGGAUACGGUUAUUGCGAUUUUCGAAAGCGAUAAUGCGACACAUGGUCUCUCAACAACCGUUCUGCAAGGGAGAUGGGACUCUUUCUAG